GAUAAUGGAAAAUACAAGUGUUCCUAUUGUGCAAAGAGAUUUAUGCGCCCUUCAUCGUUGCGUACACAUGUUUAUUCUCAUACAGGCGAAAAGCCUUAUAUCUGUACAUCUAAAGGAUGUGGUCGGAGGUUUAGUGUUCAAAGCAAUAUGCGACGACAUCUACGUGUUCAC